CUGGCCAUACAAAUUGUUGCAAAUCUACCGAUGGCAGACAUCGUGCGUGCUGCAAGGGUAUCACGUUUCUGGCGUGAUAUCUGUGAGGACGAUCGUAUGUGGCGGCUGAAGUGUGAACGCGAAGGACUAGAACCCCUCCCUCUGCCUAGUGAACGUGUUGCUGGAGCUUGGGAACAGACAGCUAUGGGUAAUGGUGUGACCAUUGUGGAUCACUAUAAGGGAGCUGAAUUGGAGCAGCAUAGGAAGGCGAGAGAGCAAAGUUAUGGAAGAAUGCUCAUGCUUUGGUGA